AUCUCUCGUCGCCCAUUUCUUCCCAUAGGAGAGACAGAAGGGAGAGAGCUUUGGCUCAGUUCGAGAACCUCUCUCCUAGAACGACUCGGUUUCUGGACUCGCGCCGCGUUCUACCUAUUCCACAAGGUAGUAAAUUUAAGCGCAGAAUUCUUGAAGAUUACACAGAGGAGGAAGGAUUGGUGGGCUGUUCGGUCGUUGGAAGGAUAACAUGGAAGAGCGUGAACAUGCUCCUUGGAGAUUUAGCUGUUUCGAAUUCUUGACUCAUCUCCUUGAAAGUAAGCGUCAUCCACGAUUCCGGCAGAUUGAACAUAUUUCUCCUUCAGAUGAGCAGGGGACUACCACUCUAGCUUCUACAUCAUCGGUGCAAACCGAUACCAGAAAUGAUACAGAUCUUUCUUCUCCAAGGCCAUUGUCACAUACCGAUCCUGGAUGCUCUCACUCACAGUGCCAAAAUGAUGGAUUUGUGUUACGGCGUGCCAGGGGUCCGAUACCUCUUCAUGAAAAAUCCCAAUUACUCAGAUAUGAUUUUCAUAUGAACACAGAAUUAAUGGAGAAUUUAAAUGAAUCCAAGUAUGAAGGAGGAUCCAUGAUGUCAUCUCCGGAGAGUUCAUCGAAGCAGCCAUUAUCAGAAAUGACAACUGGAAUAACAUAUCUGCAUUCAGAAUCUGAGGAUGAAGAUGUGUGUCCAAUAUGCCUUGAGGAGUACACAUAUGAAAAUCCAAGGAUUCCUUUGAAGUGCACUCACAUUUACCACCUUAGCUGUAUAUAUGAAUGGUUGGAGAGAAGUGAAUCCUGUCCAAUCUGCAGCAAGAUGGUGCAAUUUAACGAAGAAACGUGAAUCCCGAUUCCCUCAAUGGAAGCUGCAACGUUCACGUAGAUGUGAUCAACGUUUAAAUGAAAGAUCAAAGAUAGACAACACUUCGUCUCAUUUUAAUUUUGUUGUUUCUUUCUUCUGAGAAAGAAAAAGUGGAUUUAACGUGCUUUUAUUCCGUCAACAUGAGAUUAAAAUGCUUGUUUUAUUUUGUAUUUUUUUUUCAAGUUACUUAAUUCAGAAAGGAAAAUUGGGCCUUAGACAUGCUUGCAUGGAUAAUUUGCAGUAUUAAUGUUGAAUCUUAAGACUUAUAUCAGUCUAUUACUCAAUAUAUAGUUUCGUAUAAACAAUUUUCUUCCAAGGCCCAAAUUCUUCUCUAUUAGAAAGAAUAAAUAAAAAAAUUCCUUCUUUCAUUGUCAAAUAUAGGGAAAUACGUUAUUUUAAGCUCAUGUUGAUCCAUCCUGGAUCACCAAUAGUUUCUGUAACUCAUGAUCAGCCUAUCUGGAUCAUCGUGAGUAAUGACACCUUUUAUUGUAUUAAAUAUGAUUUGAAAUCUUGAUACUUCGGUAGACAAGAAGAAGAAGAAGAAGAAGAGGAACAGAAGAUAGAAAGGAAUUUGAUUUUAGAUGUUAAUCGGAUAAAAUUCUCUGAUUCAAGAUCAGGCCGAUUGGUGCAUACUGAUGCCAUCGCUAUUUAGAACAAUGAUAACAAAUAUUAUAAAUGAUAUUUAACUGACCAUGUUGCAAUAAUUAAUUAUGUAUAUUAUAAACGGAUCCGAGAUUAUUAGUUUGCUUGUAUUUCGUUUCUGAUUUCAUCAGUUUCAAGAAUUGACUUCUUAAUGAAUAAAAAAAGCAACAAUCA